GCGGCAGAGGCGUGUGUGGUGACGUCGAGGCGCUCACAGGGCGGUGUUCUCACGUUCCUGAAAAAAAAAGAAGGGGCAAAAGAAAAUCCACAUCUGGAAUCCAGAGCCCGUGGUUUGGAGGAAUCUAUACUGGGAUCUCGUAGUAAAGGUGGCUCGGUGUUUUUCUCCCGAUUCCUCUUUUUUUCAAGGAUUCUACACUACAGCUUGUUAACGCAACCAUGCUGGUCGUCCUGAUCGGAACAGUCCUUUUUCACCUCCUGGAUCUGAUUCUGCUCCUCAUUUCUACAUCUGUAAAUGCUUGGAGGACAGACAAUUCAAAUAGAUAUGACCUUUGGUAUCAGUGCUCACUAACGAAUGGAGAAACCGGGUGCACAAAUGUUGAUUAUAAAGAUGCACUGCAGGCAGUACAGGGUCUGAUGGUCCUAGCCACAAUCUUCUGCCUGCUGUCUUUAAUCUUAUUCGUGUGGCAACUCUUCACUUUGAACAAGGGUGGACGAUUUUUCUUCACUGCUGUCUUUCAGAUCCUCUCCAGCCUGUUUGUGAUGAGUGCCGCUAUAGUGUACACGGUGAUAAUACCAGUAGACCUGACGACAGAGCACUCGUUUGGCUUUGCCUUUGUGCUAGCCUGGCUGGCGUUCCCUCUUACUCUGAUAAGUGGCCUCAUUUACAUCGUUCUAAGGAAGACGGAAUGAAGGAGCAGCGGUGAGCCUUCCACUGUCAUCACUGAGCAUGUCCACAGACCCAAAUGGCCUUCUCCUACUGGCUUGUAUAACAAUGCCAAAUGCAAGACCUUGCAAAAGUGACAAAUCAUGAAGAUCCAAAUCAAUGAUGACUCAAUGAGGACAAGUCUGUGGCUUGUGAUACUAUUUAUAUCACUUUUACAUAGUUCUUGUACAUAUGAAUGUUGAAACCUUGUUCAUGAAGGCCCAUAUUUUGAAGUUGACCACAAAGAAGACAAUAUAAAGAUCAUUCUUAUUCUUGUGUGUUUAACUUCGUAUCUUGUAUCUAAUAGAAGUUCAUUCUUAAAUUCCAAUUUCACAUUGAUUGUAUAAUGAAUUGUGCCUAUUUUAUGUGAUAAACCAAAAAAGUUUUUUUUUUUUGUUCUGUUAAUGUUUUUAAAUAGUGAAAUGGUGCUAUGUUUAUUGUGGCCUUCAAUUAAUUGCUAGAUAUACCUAUAAGCUCAAAUUUUUUAAUUUGAGCAAAAAUAUAUUUUAUGUUGUGUAUUGUAUGUGUGCCAAAAUAUACAUUCUAAAGCUAACUGUUUUUUUCUGUAUGCUUUGUAAUAAUAUUUUUUAAAAACAAAUAAACAAAUAAACAUA